CCGCGAGAGAAAAAAAAGGCUAAAAAGGCUUCAGCGCCUGCCCACCGUUCGAUCUUCAUUUGCGGCAGUAGAAACCCUAACCCUAGCUCCACCGCACGCUUAUAGAAGCGGCUGAGGCUCCAACCGAGCCUUCCAGGCCUUCGUUGCUAGAGAUGGAGCUCUGUACUGCUCGAACCAUCUCGAAUAUCACCCGCCCCACUCUCUUCUCUCCUCACCAAACUCGUCUCCGACUGAGAACUUCUCUCCCUUUCAAUCACCUCGCCUUCCCUCGCUCCAACCCAGGGUUGCUCUAUUACACCAAUUCCUCUGUAAGAUCUACUACAUCUGAAGAUACGUCCGGUAGUCCUAGCCAGUAUGUUGGACUAGAACCUGGAUCAGUAGCUGUGGAAGAUGAAAAACCGUCUGAGAAGAAUUCAUAUCCUGAAAUUAGAGAGGAAGGAGUUCCAAAGGAAGUUUCUCCAGUGGAUGAUCAAGUGCCAGCAUUUGAGUUUCUCGACAACCUUGAUAUAAAGGUCGACUCAGAAGAUACAUAUUCGCUGCUCCUAUUUGGAGGCGGUGCCCUGAUCGCUGUUUGGAUUGCAACAACUGUAGUGAGUGCCAUCGAUUCUAUUCCUUUGUUCCCUAAAUUGCUGGAGGUUGUGGGUCUUGGAUACACCGUGUGGUUCAGUACCCGCUAUCUAAUCUUUAAGGAAAAUAGGGAGGAGUUAGUUGCCAAAAUAGAAGAGAUUAAGCUACGGGUUCUUGGUUCCAAGUAGACAGAUUGAAGUAGUGGGGACUCAGUACUGGACAGUGGAGACUCGUGCUGGAUGCAGGCACUAGCAGCGAGCAAUGUAGUGUGUUACAUAAUGUUUCUAGCCAAUUUUUCAUGCCAUUUGUCAUAUAUUAAAUAGGUUUUAUUAUCCCCCGUCUUUUGUUCUUAUAUAUAUGGAGACGGGAAAUAUUUAGAAAAAGAAAAUCAGAUGUUUGUGGAAUUGUAUUCUUGCCUGCAGUGCUGUGGAACUUUUAGAAAAUCACUUUAAUAACUAGUUACUACUAACAA